AUGUUUUUUCAUGAAGUCCAGUCUUUACAGACAUCAGAGAUCUCACACGGGGGAGAAGCUAUUUUUCUGUGUCUUGAGUGUGGGAAAUGUUUUUCAGAGAAGUCCAAACUUCAUAGUCAUCAAGAUCUACACACAGGGGAGAAGCCAUAUUCCUGUCCUGAGUGCGGGAAAAAAUUUUUUGCGCGGAAGUCCAUUCUUAAUAAACAUCAGAAAUCUCACAAGGGGGAGAAGCCGUAUUCCUGUCCUGAGUGUGGGAAAUGUUUUUCACAGAUGUCCAUCACUCUUUACAGACAUCAGAGAUCUCACACAGGGGGAGAAAGCCAUAUUCCUGUCCUGAGUGCGGGAAUGUUUUUCAGUGAAGUACAAUCUUUACAGACAUCAGAAAUCUCACACAGGGGAGAAGUCACAUUGCUGUCCUGA